AUGAAGAGCAGACCUGGGCGUGCAACAGACACUGUGCAAGUGUACGUCCUGAAGCGUCCGCACGUGGACGAGUUUCUCAAGAGGAUGGGCGAGCUGUUCGAGUGCGUGCUCUUCACUGCCAGCUUAGCCAAGUACGCAGACCCGGUGUCAGACCUGCUGGACAAGUGGGGCGCGUUCCGCUGUCGUCUCUUCAGGGAGUCGUGCGUGUUCCACCGAGGGAACUACGUGAAGGACCUGAGCCGCCUGGGACGAGACCUCAACAAGGUCAUCAUCGUGGACAAUUCCCCCGCCUCAUACGUCUUCCAUCCCGACAACGCUGUGCCGGUGGCCUCCUGGUUCGACGACAUGUCCGACACAGAGCUGCUGGACCUCAUCCCGUUCUUUGAGAAGCUCAGCAAAGUGGACAACAUCUACACCGUGCUCAAGCAGCAGUCCACGCCCGCCAGCUAA